AUGUCCAACACCUCUGUGCCCAAUGAGUAUGAAAUCGUUCGUAUAUGUGAGCUUUUUUGGGUCUGCCGAACGAAAUUAAAAUUGAAUGGUACUGGUGAAAUCUGCGAAAAGUUCACACGGACCUUCCACAGAAACACAAACAACGCGCGAUUUGCGGAAGCAUGUGUGUCUGGCAGUUCAAUGUUCAAAGUCCUCUUCGCCAAACUGCUCACAGUAUCAUAUCGUUCUUCCAUCGGGAACGGUCCAAGUGCACUCGUCCCCGAUACCGAUCCAUGUGUGGAUGGUCUGUUGGAAUUAUUAACCGUGGAGGUAGCGGAAAAUGUCAUGGUGAACAGAAAAUUCGGCACUUGUGUCACCCGGCAUUGCCCGGGUGGAGAUGACGACGUUACUAUGGCAGGCUUAUCUUUGCACGCACUCGGGCAAUCUUCAAACCCGAAACUAGUAUAUCGAACACAGAUAGCCACAAAACACAAAAGCGUUCGCGAUGAGAUGCGAAACCCCAUAAAGAUGUCAGACGACGUACACUG